AGUGACUGCCUGAAAGGCAACAUUGCCUGAGUCGCCAUUGAGAGCGAGCGCAUAUUUGAUAUUGUAGAAAUUAUUCGUUGUAGGCUAACCAGUGUUUACGGUUGAGACGAAGAGAAAAGGACAACUCUACAUAACACGGGUUUAGGGCAAAUAUACGUAUUUGACAGGGUUAAACUGUGUGUGUUUAUAAAAGCAUCGUUUCAUAUCCGUGUAUAACACUUUUUUUCCAGGGUUCUUUGUGUGUCGACAAUGGUUUGUUUUUCUCCGUCAGGAUCUCUAAUGGUGAUCGGAUCAUUUUAAAUGAAUGAUAGACGUUUAGUCAUUCUGUUUAAAAGGACAGAAGUCUGGUUGGAGUGAUUAAGGGCGCACAGGAAGAGAUAGGCAGCAUUUCAACAUUUAGAUAACAAGGAGUUUGGAAAGGAGAUGGGGAAUUGUCUGAAAUCUCCCACUUCGGAUGAUAUCUCCUUGCUCCACGAAUCACAGUCAGACAGGGCCAGUUUCGGUGACGCCAACGAUCCGGAUCAGGAACCGCCACCUCCAUAUCAGGAGCAGAUCCAUGUGCCGGUGUACCACCCCACUCCCAGCCAGGCCCGUCUGGCGACCCAACUGACUGAAGAGGAGCAGGUGCGGAUCGCUCAAAGGAUCGGUCUCAUCCAGCAUCUUCCUAAAGGUGUCUAUGAUCCAGGCAGUGACGGCACCGAGAAGAAGAUUCGAGAGUGUGUGAUCUGCAUGAUGGACUUUGUGUACGGAGACCCCAUUCGGUUCCUCCCCUGCAUGCACAUCUACCACCUGGACUGCAUAGACGACUGGCUGAUGAGGUCCUUCACGUGUCCCUCCUGUAUGGAGCCUGUAGAUGCUGCCUUGCUCUCGUCCUAUGAAACUAACUGACUACUGCCUGCACUGAUCCCCGCCCUACGCACACACAGCCCUGGAGUCCUGUCCUCACACAGC